CUUAUUCUUUCCUCCUUUUCUUCUUCCUCGUCUUCGUUUUCUUCUUCUUUUUCUUCUACCUCAUCCUCAAACAUCAAUUCUUCAAGGAUUCAAGUGAAGUAUAUCAGUUGGAUUGGAUUUGAAUCAAACGAAACAAACAAAAGAGAAAACCAAAAAGAAAAAAGAAAAAAGAAUGGAGAUUUUGGGACUGUUAGUGACGGCAUCGAUACCAGUGUUGAAAGUGCUUCUGAUAACAGCACUUGGUUCGUAUCUUGCUCUUGAUCGUGUUGGUAUUUUCCCUGAAGAUGCCAUAAAACACCUGAACACCAUUGUGUUUUAUGUAUUCAAUCCUGCACUUGUGGCCUCCAACCUCGCCAGCACUAUUACAUACCAAAGCAUGAUUAAGUUGUGGUUCAUGCCUGUGAAUAUUUUAAUAACAUUUAUAGUUGGAUCAAUACUUGGGUGGAUUGUCAUCCAAUUCACAAGACCUCCUCAACACUUGCAUGGCCUCAUUUUGGGUUGCUCUGCUGCUGGAAACUUGGGGAACAUGCUACUUGUUAUAAUCCCAGCACUUUGUAAAGAAAGAGGAAGCCCAUUUGGUGAUCCUGAUGUUUGCUAUACUUAUGGAAUGGCUUAUUCUUCCCUUUCUAUGGCAAUUGGAGCCAUCUAUUUGUGGUCUUAUGUGUAUAACAUUGUCCGAAUAUCCGCAACGAGCUCCAAGAAUUCCAUAACAAAAGACUUUCCGGUCAGUAAGGCCUCCAAGGAAUCGUCUCAAUCGGACUUGGAAGGAUCUAGAGAACCACUACUGUCUUCAACCAAACUGGCAGAACCAGAGGAUAAUUCAGAUCACUAUGCACUACCCCUGACUGUAUCGGAAGGAAAAACUGAGGCAGCAGUUCCAGAAAGUCGUUUAGGGAUAAUGCAUCGUUUGGGAAUGUUGUUUAGAAAGCUUAAUCUGAAGGCACUAUUUGCACCUUCAACUACUGGAGCGGUUGUUGGAUUUGUAAUUGGACUCAUUCCUCAAAUCCGAAAGACCCUGAUAGGAAGCGACGCUCCACUUCGAGUGCUCCAAGAUAGUGCUUCCUUCUUGGGAGAUGGAGCAAUACCAGCUCUCACACUUGUAAUAGGGGGAAAUCUUCUUAAAGGUUUGAAAGGGACGGGGAUGAAGAAAUCUCUUGUUGUUGGCAUUAUAGUUGUUCGGUAUGUCGCGCUGCCUCUUAUAGGCAUAUUGGUUGUUAAAGGAGCCAUUCAUUUUGGUAUGGUGCAGUCUGAUCCAUUAUAUCAGUUUGUUCUUCUUCUGCAAUUCGCAUUGCCGCCUGCCAUGAACAUAGGAACUAUUACCCAACUGUUCGGAGCAGGAGAGAGUGAAUGUUCUGUUAUCAUGCUGUGGACUUACGCAUUGGCAUCAAUAUCACUUACCUUCUGGUCCACCAUCUUCAUGUUGCUUGUGGCAUGAAGUUUGAAUGCAUAUUUUUCUUUCCAUUUUUUUAAAGCAACCCAGGCAAGACACAGCCUGUGUCUGUGCACGAAGAGAGCUUUGACAAAAAGCAUGUAGUGCAGAAGAAGAAGAGUAAGAAGAAAGCGAUUUCAUAAUUUAUUUUAGAUUUAUUGAUCACCUAUUUCUUUGUCAAAUGUGCUACUUGCUCUCGAAGCAAGUAAGCUUUCAAAAAUGUCUUCAGUUAGAAUUCUUUUUACUCACCUGUUUAUCUCAAUCAACGUAGCCCAUAUUUUUUUAUUUAUUUACUUAAUUACCUA